AACAGCAACAACAACCGCCGCUAAUAAUAUUACAAGACGAUAUAACGGAAACUUAAAGCAUCAACCGCUUAUCCAAGAACAACAACUGGCGCAAAUACGAAAGUUUCCCAAUUUCUUUAUUCCCCCUUUGUAUGCGUCCAUAUGUUUAUGGAUAAGUGUGCAAAUGUGCGUGUGUUUACCCGUAAUACCAUUUUAUUAGCGGGGAGACCCCGCAGAGGUGAAUUUCGAUUUUGUUUUCGUCUCUGUGUGCGUUCGUGCGGCAAUUUCGAUGGCCACUUGGCUUUGAGAAUCAUUUCACGGUGACAGAGUCCUUUAAUUACCAAGUUAUAUUUGCUGACCGAGGGAAGAACGCGCGCGCAACCGAGCAGCACGGCUGAUGCGGUUGGGAUGGAGGAACGUGAACUCUGACACUUAAAGUCAACAUUUUCAUAAUCGAGCUUAAGCAAAAUUCAUCCAUUUAAAUUCAUAAAUUAAACGAAUGUAGCGCCCAAAUGACGUGAAACUCGGUGCAGCGCUGCUGGCGCCGGCGCUUUUUCCUUUAAUUAGUGAGCCAACGAAACAAUAUUAUUUUUGAGCAAAUGGCAAAUGAUUGAAGUGUCACUUAAGUGCCGACAACCAAAUAAACCUAUGAGCGCUAGAACACACACAUGCGUACAUACAUACAUACUUACACGCCUAGAACGCACACAGCAUAUUUAGUAUAUGUAUGUGUGUAUGUGUGUGAACAUUUGAUGGACUCGCUUAAAAAUAAACAAAUAUCAGAGCGUGGAAAACCAUAUCAAAAUAUUAUAAAAUGUAAAUGCUUGUAUGUAUGUUGCAGAUGUGUAUGUACGUGUAAAAAUAGCUCAGCAACGCUGCGCCAAAAACGUGUGAGUUUAUAAAAAAGCAAAUAGCAAAGCACGACGUGGCAGUCUGACACUGCGCCAGUCGGCGGCGCCCAAACCGACAAACGCUUUUGACCGCGUAUACGUAGCGCUGUCCCACGCCGGGAGCCUCGUUUGACGCAUCGACGCGUUCGUGUGGCGAAGUGCUGUCAGCUGCCAGGCAAGUGCCAGGGCAUGAAUAUGAUUUGCGCAUCUGCCCAGAAUAAAUCAAUGCACAGGCGAACAGGGUGCUGCUAGUGAUGCUUAUGAAAGACAAUUAUAUACCUAUAGAUCAGUUCAAAAUCAUAUUAUUGUCGAGGCGCGGUCUACGUUAGGUGUUAUUUGAUGAUUUUAAUUCAUUUGGCCUAAUAUUACUUAUAUCAGCCACCCGCAAGGAUUUCAAAACAAAGCUUUACAUUGAUAAUCGAUCUAUACCCGCCAAGCUUUCUUUCUUAAUGGUCUCUGUCAAUGGGGUCUCUGAUGUACAUCUAUAACGGUACAUCAAAUGAUUUGUGGGGGAACACGUCCACGAGGAUAUCCAUCCGCUUACUACUUUCUUCAGCAUUUCAGUAUAUUCUUCUGGAUAGCAUACUGAUUUCAUCUGAUUGACCUCAUUGUAGUUAUUUUGGGUAUCCAAAUGUCGUCUUAUAAAUUAGACCACAUACAUAUACAUCCUUCCAAAGAAAAUGCCACCCUUUGAAAGUCCAAUAACUAGAUUUGUUUAUUUCGUUUUAUUGUUUCAAGAGGAACAAUUUAAAUUCCAGUUAGAAAAAAUUUUUAUAAAACAAUUGAAAUUGUAGAAAACCACUAUUGUUGCUAGACAACAUAUGCAGGAAGAAACCUGCAGAAAUGCAACAUUGAUAUACAAUUUUCAAGUAACAAAACCAAAAACUAGGAAAUGUUUAAUGUACGAAAAAAUAUUUAUUUAUUUAUUUAUUCAGAUUUGAAAAAGAAAAUUAGAAAAGACAAAACGCUUUGGCAAGUGCAAGAGGAGAGGCCAAGAACAAAUGCGAAAACGACAAAACAAAUUUUAAAUUUCAGAAAAACGCCACAUUCAUUCACAUAUAACACGAAAACGACUACAACAAAACCAAGAAACAAAGCACAACAAUAAAAUUAAAAUAUUAAGAGCAAUCAAGUAGUGGCCAAGAGACAGUGAUCAUUAAAAGCAACAAUAACAAAACAAAAAUACAAAAAAAAACAAGAAAAAAUACACCGCCAAUCAUCACAACACAGGAAAGAAAACAACAACUAGCAACAACAACAAUAACACAACAGGGCCGAACACAUCCAGCGCCUAGCCUAGCCGCAACCUAGCCACGUUCGCGGUGAAGGUGACGGUGACGGUGACAACUACAAACAACAGUUUAUCAACAACACUAUACAACAACAAGAACAAGCACAAAUCACAUAAAUAACAAAAACGACAACAAGAAGCAAGCGUUUUCUAGCGUUGGUGUUGUUGAUGGCGGAUGGACUGCGAUGGCGGUGAGGGCGCGUCGGCACGACUGGCAGCGCUGGUGACGUGUGACACAACGACCAGGACAGGCCGACGGCCGACGGUGGACGGUCGACAGGCCACUUUCCACCAUGCUGCCUGCAGUACAGUUCGGGGCGUAGAAAGCGAACCGCGCGUUCCAUCAGCGAACAUUUCUUUCUUCUGCGGCGGCUCGUCGGCGGCAAUCGAACGGCCCAAGUGAUAACAGUAAAUUAUUGUAUUAAAAAAAAAAAAACAAAUAAUACCAUUUCAGAGAAUAUAUUGAAGUGGAAUUCUAGUAAAUUGCAAAUUAAUUACAAAGGCAAAGCCCUCAACGCGCUCAGUGCAAGGCGAUUUAAUGAAAAUAAGUAAAAUUAAAUUAAAUUCAAUAAAAUUAAGGAAUAAUGUGGUUUGUUCAUAAAUAGUGAAACAAGUGAAAUAGAUAUUUGAAAGCAAAAAUAAGUCGAAACAUUUGUGCGAAAAGGUUGAAACAACAUGUCUACCAAUACUCCAACAAUGCUUCCAUUAACUAUAACAACAACAACACCCAACCAAACCGCAAUCAGUCAAACAGUGCAAAGAACUAAGAACGCAUUCGCAACGCGUCGAAAAAGACGAAAUUUGUGCAGUGAACUUGAACAGUGCAACAGAAACCGUGUGGCGUCUAAUGCCACAACAACAACAACAACACGAAUUGCAACGAGAAAAGUGGCAAAUUAUGCCGACUUCCCAACGCCAACGACUGCGCUACCAACAACAGUGGCGGCAAUGGCAGCAAUGACAACAAGAACAACCACAACAACAAUACCUGCAACGACAAUGCAUGCGGCAGUGCCGCAACUUGCCACAAGGACCGCAGUGUCGCGCACAGCAACCACAACACCACCGCCGCCGCGAUUAUCCACUGCCCCGGCGGCAACAACACCAGCAACACCAUCAGCUGCAGCGGCAACUGGUGCAGCCACCAUGCACCAACGAAGACAUCACUGUCAGCGGCGCGCAACUAUAGCAGCAACACCAACAACAGCUCAGGCCCACAACAUGACAACAGCGUUGCCGCGUGCACGCGCCGCCAGCCUCGGCUUCAACCUAAGCACGGCCUUCGCGACCGCUCUCCUCCACACCAGCGUUGCAGUUGCAGCCGCUGCCUCGACACAGACUCAAACGCAACUCAGCGCCGCUGCCAAGCACCAGACGCCCCAGGCGCAGGCCGUGCUGGAUAGCGGCAUGCUCUCACAACUGGACUCCAACGCCACUUCGACGUUGCUGGGCUCAGCAGGCGUCACCAUGACGCCGAGCAAUUUCACGCUACUGGACGACGCUGGCGCCGAUGGUGUAGAGGGCAUCAACGAUGUCGCGAAUAGCAGCGAAUGGUUCCAUGUUGUGUUAUUGGUGCUCAAGACGUCGCUAAUGCUCUUCAUCAUAAUUGCGGCCAUUUUCGGAAACCUUCUUGUCAUUAUUUCUGUGAUGCGAGUUAGAAAAUUAAGAAUUAUAACGAAUUACUUUGUCGUGUCGCUGGCUAUGGCGGACAUAAUGGUGGCUAUGAUGGCUAUGACGUUUAACUUCAGCGUUCAAGUAACUGGGCGUUGGAAUUUCGGAAUAUUUGUCUGCGAUCUGUGGAACAGCUUGGACGUGUACUUCUCAACCGCUAGCAUUUUGCAUCUGUGUUGCAUAUCGGUCGACAGAUACUAUGCCAUUGUAAAGCCGCUCAAGUACCCGAUCAAUAUGACGAAACGCGUUGUGACCAUCAUGCUGAUAAACACGUGGGUCUCGCCAGCUCUGCUCUCCUUCCUGCCCAUAUUCAUCGGUUGGUACACGACCGAAGAGCACAAAAACUACGUGAAACGACAUCCCGAUCGCUGUGAAUUCAUCGUCAAUAAGCCGUACUGCGUCAUCUCGAGCUCGAUCUCCUUCUGGAUUCCAUGCACGAUCAUGAUUUUCACGUACUUGGCGAUAUUCCGCGAGGCCAACCGCCAGGAGAAGCAAAUGAUGGCGCGACAAGGCAACGCGAUGUUGAUGCACCGACACUCAGAGGACGCGCGCGCCAGCGUGGGAGUAAGCAACAAUACAGGUGAGGCGCUCAGCGGCUCCGGCUCGUCGAAAACUUUGACGCUGCACGAAGUGGAGCAGGACCACACACCAACAAAGGACAAACAUUUAAUCAAAAUGAAACGAGAACACAAGGCUGCGAGAACUUUGGGCAUCAUUAUGGGCACGUUCAUAGUCUGUUGGCUGCCAUUCUUCCUUUGGUACACCAUCACCAGUCUAUGCGACUUAACCGCGCCGGACAUUGUGGUCGCCAUACUGUUCUGGAUCGGCUACUUCAACUCAACGCUCAACCCAAUCAUAUACGCUUAUUUCAACCGCGAGUUUCGAGAGGCGUUCCAAAACACCCUGCAAUGCCUCUUCUGCAACUGGUGGCGGGAUCGCGGUCUACCGCUCGACAUCGACAUACGACGCUCCAGCCUGCGCUAUGACACACGCGCCAAAAGCGUCUACUCCGAGAACUACUUGAGCGCCAGCCAGCCACCGAGGCGUACCAGUCAACUGGUCGACAGCUUAUAAUACAGCCGGGAUGACUCGCUGUUGUCGGUGACGCGCACACCGCCGCAGCGAUCCACGUCAAUGCAACUGCUGCCAACCCAACAGUCCGUGCAGAUGACUGACUCGACGCCAGCACGCGCUGCCGGCAGUGGUAUGCAUCAAUUGGCGCCACUCCCACUGCCGUCGUAUGUCGGCAAGCGUUUGCUCGAGAUCAAAUCUGGCGCUGGGCACGAUUUGAAUGGCGGCGAUAUGCAGGGCAGGGCUGGCGCAGACAUCGGUGAUGGUGACGAUGAUGAACCGCAACAGAUACAGAUCGAAAUACCGUUGGCCUAUGUCAAGAAGUGGAACAAAAGCAAUAAAAUGACAACAGCAGCAACAACUCCAACUACAACUACAACAGCGACAACAGUAACCGCGGCCACGGUCAACAGCACAAGCACAGCGCUAACUACAAUAACAACAACAGUAACAACGCCCAAAGGCACUGAAAUACACGAACACACACACGUUUAGGGCAAACUCUCGCACCCACCGACCACCAACUGAGGUAGCGAAAGUGUUGGUUUAGGAAUCGGAGCAGAAAUCGUAUAGAACGCUUAUCGCAGAAAUUCGUAUGUAUGUAUGCAUCAAAACAACGCCGUAGGUGUAAAAAAAAGAAAUAGAUAAUUCGAGCUCAAGCAUCCUCCAUUUUAUUUGCCAAAAGUUAUACUUGCAGUUCUUACUAUUCAGUUCUUCGAAGGAAGCUGGGAAUAUAAUACCGAUCGAUUAGACGUGCGCCGAUCGUUCUCUGAAGUAGUUCAUGAUCCUCCAGCCCUUGUCUGAAGUGAAUAUCUUUAAGUUAUAUUUUAAUUCUGAAAUAACAAACCAAAAAUAAUUUUAAAAAAUUAACAAAAAUCGAUAACCAUUAAAUAAUAUUUUAAAGUAGGAAUUUCUUCAUGUUUCGACUUUAUGCCCGCCGGCUUUAUCGGAAUUAAAGCACAUUUGGAUCAAAUUACUUUUUCAUAAAAUAGUCGGUAUAUUCACAUGCUUUGGCAACCUUUAAUCAUUAAGCGCAAUAAUCAGUAAUGCAAUUUGCAACGCUUUUUCCAGUUGCACAUUAAUCCGUGAGAGCGGCCGUUGAGCUUCCCUUUGCCGCUGUGCAACAUAUGCCAAUAUCAUAGAUAUGCGUUUUUUGCCUCCGAUGCCCAAUUAAUUAGUAAAUGUGCACCUGAAUUAGCACCAGGCGCGGCAUCUGCGGCAGCAGCUGGCGUUUGCAUCGGCAAAUUUUAAUCAGACAAAAGCUUUUUUGCGGAAAUCAAUCGUCAAACAACACCGACGCUCGCAUGCAAAAAAGGCCGCACACGGUGCACAAACCCGUUAUCGCGCGCACUUUCCAAUAGAAUUUAUUUUUUAUUCAAUAAGCACUGCACUGGCAAACAAAAACCGUUAUGCAAUCACUUGCAAUUAAGCGACGCACAAAAGUGUGCGAAAUUAAUUCUCACCUUCUCCCAAAAGACUUUCGAUCAUUCGCCCUUGUUGAUUUAAACGCUUUCCAAUUGUGUUUAAAGCUAAAAAGCGGCAGCAUUUGCUCGCGGCAAACAUUUUUAAAUAUUAUUAUUAUUCAACAACGCCGAAAAAAACCGAAACGGACAAAAACAAUGGAGCAUUUCGCAAAUAAACGAUUUUAUUUUAAUGAGAAAAUUACUUACACACCUGUUCGCCAAUACAAUAUAUUCGAACAUGAUUCCUACAUACACACAUAAAUAAAGAUGUAGAUGUGAAUGAAUACAUACAUACAUACGCAAUAUGCAUGUUUAAGUGAACUGCAAACAAUGUUAAUUAGCUAAUUAAAAAAGAAUGUGAACUAAGAGAAAAUGUAAAUUACAACGAGGAGUGUUCGCGCAGUGGCCAGUCCGGAUGCGUGCGUGUGUGUGCUGGUGUGCUGGUGUGCGUUAUUUAACAUUUAAUCAAAAUGUAGCACGUUAACUAUGUGGACUCAUUUAAAUAUUUGAUGAAUAUGCCAAAUGCCAAAUCAAAAUUACUUCAUUGAAUUAAUAUUAUAAAAUGUUUAUAGUUCAUGACUGCUAGGAAUAAGACUUUUUCACUGCGAAUAUACCAUAAUGAUUUGUGAGCAAUAAAAACCCGAAAUAAAUCAGCAAACUUUAAACAUUUUUAAAGCCAA